AUGGCUGCUGAUGUGCACGCCGCCGCUGAGCGGUUACUGACCGCCGACCCUUCUCGCGCCCCCGGCUAUAACUUUUCAUUUACACCAUACCUUCGAAAGACAUUCGGUUUCGGCCUCGCCGCCGAUGUUCCUGUCUGUAAAGCAUACCGCGAGGGACACUGUCCACUGGGACCAACGUGUCCGGACCGGCAUCCGACGCCUGCACGGAUAACCACGUCCACGACGAAUGCUUCGGGGAUCCCGCCGUCGGUGACCCACGGCUCUCUCGUCUGCAAACACUUCCUCAAGGGGCUCUGCAAGAAGGGCUUCAAAUGCGAAUAUCUCCACGAGUACAAUCUCCGACGCAUGCCCGAAUGCCCGGCCUUCUCGCGCUCCGGCUACUGUCCCAACGGCGACGAUUGCCUGUACCAUCACGUCCGCGAGGAGGCUCGACGUCCCCGGUGUGAGCACUAUGAUCGUGGGUUCUGUCCCCUGGGACCGCUGUGCGCGAAGCGUCAUGUCCGCCAGAAGAUCUGUCCAUACUACCUUGCCGGGUUCUGUCCGGAGGGCAAGGCAUGUGAGGAAGGGGCGCAUCCACGCUGGCCUGAAAAUCUCCCCAAGCCACAGAUGCGAGUGGAGAAGACGGAGGAGGAUCUCGAGAGGGAACGAGCCCUCAUUCGAGAGGAGCAGGAGAAGGAGAAAGAACGCGAACGGGAAUGGAGGGCAGAGCACCCGGGGAGGACUCCGUGCCUAUUAUCUGCGGGGAGCAAUGACGAGUACGAGUUGCAUAGACCUACUGAAUGGUACAGCAGAUCAUCAUCAUCUUAG